AUGCGCCGGCCUGCGGAGGUGCGGCGAGCCCCGCACCUGCCGCUGCAGCCGGUUCCCCUCAGGAACCGCGGCCGCUCCCCCCCCCUCUCCAUGCCGGGGGCCGGCACCAACCUGUUGGUGAAGGAGGGCGGCUCAGCCCCCUCAGCUCCGCGGCGGACAAAGGCGGAGCAGCGGCAGGACGGGGCCGCCCCCCGGCAGCGGGGCCCGGCGGGCAGCGGGGCUGGGGCGCUCGCACAAGAUGGCGGUGGGGCGGCGGGAGAGCGCGCUCCCCUCUUAGAUGCGGCCGCGGCGGCCCCUGCUCCCGGCGGGGCUUACAUGGCGCUGGAGGACCUGCUUUGUCUCUGCUUCUCCGCCCUCGCUGUCCUGGCCGUGCAAGGGAGGCUGUUGGAAGGGGAUUCUGUGGAGCUGAGCUGUAGUGCUGGUCCUGCAAAGGUGAUACUGGAGCCGAACCAAGUCGUGGUUUUGGACUGUAACCUGGCCCCUGCAGAGCAGGUGAUCAAUAUCACAUGGAAGAAGAAUGGGUUUCCAUUAGUGGAGCAGGAACAUCUGCACGUGCUUCCAAAUGGAUCACUCUUCAUUUCAUCCCAGGGUGCGGCAAAGGACAGUAAAUCCCCCGAGAAGACUGGUGUUGAGGGUAAUUACUCCUGUGUGUCUCACAGCUCCCUCGGGGCUGUCACCAGUCAAACGGCUGCAGUCAGAUUUUCAACAUUAUCACGCUUUUUCCAACAGCCGGAGUCACAGACAGUGGAAGAAAAUGGCAUGGCCAGGUUUGAGUGUCGCAUUGAAGGACUGCCCACCCCUGUCAUCACAUGGGAGAAGGACCAUGAAGCUGUUCCAGCAGAACCCAGGUUUAUAACUCUUCCAAAUGGUGUCCUCCAAAUCGUGGAUGUGCAGGAGAGUGAUGCUGGUACUUACCACUGCGUGGCAACCAACGCUGCCCGGAAACGCUACAGCAAUGCUGCAGUCCUCAGUGUUGUCAAAGGUUCCCAGCCAGCAGGAGGAGAUGUCACCAUCAUUGCUGCUCCUGAGAACACCACGGUGGUGGCCGGGGAGAGUGUGGUGAUGGAGUGCAUGGCGGCUGCUGAUCCCACCCCCUUUGUCUCCUGGAUACGACAGGAUGGAAAGCCUGUUUCCACGGAUGUGAUUGUGCUGGGCCGGACAAACCUCCUCAUCCCUUCCAGCCAGCCCCAUCACUCUGGGGUGUACGUCUGCCGUGCUAACAAACCCCAGACCAGGCAGUUCGUCACAGCCGCAGCUGAGCUCCGGGUCCUUGCUACACCCAGCAUCUCCCAGGCUCCCGAAACCAUCUCCCGCACCCGCGCCAGCACCGCCCGCUUUGUGUGCAAGGCAGAAGGGGAGCCAGCCCCAACCAUCCAGUGGCUGAAGAACGGGGUCACCAUCCUGUCCAACGGGCGGGUGAAGGUGCAGAGCAGCGGGAGCCUCGUCAUCAAUCAGAUCGGGCUGGAGGAUGCUGGCUACUACCAGUGCGUGGCUGAGAACAGCCUGGGCAUGGCCUGUGCCACUGCCAAGCUCUCGGUGAUCGUGCGGGAGGGUUUGCCCAGCGCUCCCAAGAAGGUGUCAGCCGUGUCCCUCUCCAGCACCACGGUCCUGGUGUCCUGGGAGCGGCCAGAGUACAACAGCGAGCAGAUCAUUGGCUUCUCCUUGCAUUACCAGCGAGCUGUGGGAACAGAUAAUGUGGAAUACCAGUUUGCUGUCAAUAAUGAUACCACUGAGCUGCAAGUUAAGGACCUAGAACCCAAUACCAACUAUGUCUUCUACGUGGUUGCAUAUUCUCAGCUCGGAGCCAGCCGGACAUCCUCUUCCAUCAUUGUUCAGACCCUGGAGGAUGUUCCUAGCGCUGCCCCUCAGCUGUCCCUGUCGAGCAUGACUCCUGGUGACAUCCGUGUGACAUGGCUGCCUCCCCCUCCAGAGCUGAGUAAUGGCAAGAUAACAAAGUACAAGAUUGACUACUGCACCCUCAAGGAAGCAGAUCAGGUAACAUCCAUUGAAGUGGGUGGAAACGAGACUCAAAUCACCCUCUACUCGCUCCAUCCCAACAAAGUGUACAAAGUGCGCAUCGCGGCCAGCACCAGCGUGGGCUAUGGGGCCCCUUCCGAGUGGACCCAGCACCGGACUCCUGACAGAGACAACCAGACACAUGUUCCAUUUGCCCCAACAGAAUUGAAGGUCCGAGCGAAGAUGGAGUCUCUGCUGAUAACGUGGCAGCCCCCAGCCAACCAUGCCCAGAUAUCUGGCUACAAGCUCUACUACCGAGAAGUGGGCCCAGAGGAGACCAGCGAGGAAAACCCUCUGGAUGGUGCUGAGGAUGAGAGCUGGGACGUGGGACCCAUAAAGCUGAAGAAGAAAGUGAAGCAGUACGAGCUGACUCGCCUAGCUCCUGGGAGACUCUAUGAGGUGAAGCUGGUGGCAUUCAAUAAGCACGAAGAUGGUUACGCAGCGGUUUGGAAGGGCAAAACAGAAAAGGCACCUGCAGCAGCAGUAGAUCCUCCUGUGCAGAAGGGUCCUCCACUGCCUCCUGUCCAAGUCUAUGCAGAGUCCAACAGCUCAACCUCCAUAUGGCUCAGGUGGAAGAAACCUGACUUCACAACAGUCAAAAUUGUCAACUACACCGUGCGCUUCAGCCCCUGGGGCCUGAAAAACGCCUCUCUUGUUACCUACUACACAAGCUCGGAUGAAGACAUUCUCAUCAGUGGGUUGAAGCCCUACACCAGGUAUGAGUUUGCUGUGCAGUCCAAUGGUGUUGGCAUCGAUGGGCCCUUUGGCAGCGUGGUGGAGCGGUUCACCCUGCCCGACCGUCCUUCGACUCCUCCAUCUGACCUGCGGCUGCACCCGCUCAACCCCUACGCUGUGCAGGUGCACUGGUGCCCCCCCGUUGAGCCCAACGGCAUCAUUGUGGAGUACCUCAUCCUCUAUAAUGCCAACAACACGCAGCCAGAUGACAUGUGGACCUUGCUGACACGGGAAGGAAAUAUCUUCAGCACUGAAGUGCACGGCCUGGAAAGCGAUACCAGAUACUUCUUCAAGAUGGGAGCAAAGACAAUCGUGGGAUCUGGUCCCUAUUCAAACGUUAAGGAUGUGCACACCCUCCGGGAGAAGCUGUCUGAUAUUCUGGAUAUCCACUCUGUCACAGGAAUCAUUGUGGGAGUCUGCCUGGGGCUGCUCUGCAUCCUCUUCUGCAUGUGUGCCAGCUUCCGCAACAGCAAGCAGAGGGAAGCCCUUCCAGGCCUGGAUUCCCAGGCACCUGGCAACCACACUUACUACCACCGGAGCAGGCAAGGAGUGGCAGCUCCCAGUGCCACCUUGGACUCACACGAGCUGGAGUCCCUCAUGUCCCCAAUCCCAGAGGAUGCACCCGUGGCCCUGGGGGACAUCACAGAACUGACAGAAGUGCACAGCCUCAUCCACACGAGCCUCCCUGAGGACAUCAUCCAUGGGAAGAGGAAGACUUCAUGGAAUAAAUCAGGCAACCAGCCCUGGACCAACAGCAUUGCCAGGUAUGGAGACACGAUUGCCAAAGAGCCGCUCUCUGCUGUGAAUGGGUCACUGAAGCUCCCCUCCGGUGCUGGACAGAAGCUUUUGUUGCAAGCUCUGGUUUAUGAUGCCGUGAUGAAUGAAGCCAGGAAGAGCCACCCUGCAGCCAACCUCCACCAAGUGGAAGCAGAGGUCAUCGUCCAUUCUGAUUUUUCUGCCUCUGACAGAGACUACGACUCCCAGCUGCACACCCUGGAGAGUGAAGAGACAGAAACUGAGGACCAGGAGCCUGGAGAGCUUCCCUCUGGAGAAGGGGCUCUUCCCAGCUCUGCCAGUACCCAGCAGGACACCAGCCAAGUGGUGGUGGAAUGCACGGGCAACUCGGAGGUCCAGGCUCAGGAUGAGCUGUUAGGGACUGACAGAAAGACUGACAAAACAGAGGCUGUUUGCAUUGGGCUCACCAAUGGCUUCCACAGGCAUGGAGAAAGUCUGGAUUCAGUGGAGAGCGGAGAUUCAGACUCUAUCCGGGAAGGUGAGGGGGACGUGCAGCCAGUCAAGUGCCAGUCAGUGUCCACAGCCCCGGAGGAGGCCCCUCUCUGUAGUAACUCUGGUUUAACCAGUUCAUCCUCAGCAUCUGAGAACAUGGCAUGUGUCCACAACCAUUAG